UCUAAAUCUCAAAUCUAAUAAGCAUUUGAGGAAAAAAAAGGAAUGAUGAUCAUGCGAAUAUCAUCUAUCUUUGCUUUCUUAGUACUGCUAAUGAUUGAAUCAGCAGCAGGCCAGGCUCUGGUGAACCCUGGUUGUCGUCAACACUCUUGUGGGGAUGUCAAGAUUCCAUAUCCCUUUGGAAUUGGAGUAGGUUGUUACAUGAACACAUGGUUUGAGGUCUCCUGCGGCCGGAAUGAAACUCCCAAGCUAACCAGCGUAGAUAUUGAGGUGCUGUAUUUCUCUCUUGAUCAGAGCACUGUUGCAGUCAAAAGACCGAUAAUAGCGAAUUGUUCUGGGGCGAUUACAGGGAAAUCUGUGAACUUAUCGGGAAGCCCUUUCAUGUCCUCCCUGCGAGAAGAGCUCUCCUUUCGACCCUCGAAAAUCGAAUAUGUUCAAGAUAUGUUUACCUGGAUGAUUUCUGAGGAGUAUGCAUCACAAUUACCACAUACAUAUCCUGAUGCAUUUCGUUGUUUCCAGCCGAAUAUUAGUAGUUAUCCGUAUUCCCUUGUGUUUGAUGAUCCUUACCUGGACCCAAACGGAGCUCAGCUUCAUAAUUCUUCAAUGCCCCCAAACGGAAGUCGACAAUGUGCUUGUGAACCUGGAUUUCAAGGCAACCCUUAUCUACCUUUUGGAUGUAAAGGUAAACUUUUCUUUGGUUGAUUAAUUAUAUUUGUACCCGAUUUCUUUUAUAUAUAUUUAGCUCCUUUUUUUUUAACAAUUUAUUUUACAAGCAUCUAUCAAAGGGGUCUCGUAUGAAAACAUAGAAGACAAGAAAAAAAAUUAAGAAUAAGUUUCAAGAUACUAAUGCACACACUCUUUAACAUACAUGUUUAAGAAAAAAUUAUUAUUUUU